GUCCCGGGUAAAGUCCCCGCAGAGCCCGAGCAGCGGCCGAGCGCCCAGAGGAAGCUUGAGAAGCGGCACGUCCCACCGGACACUUCCCUCUCGCUGCUCCCCGCCGCUGCCACCGCCUCCUGAGCCGAGCAAGACAUGAGCCAGGCCCGCUGGACCGGGAAGAGAACAGACAUGCUUCCGGAGAUCGCCGCCGCCGUGGGCUUCCUCUCCAGCCUCCUGAGGACCCGGGGCUGCGUGAGCGAGCAGAGACUAAAGGUUUUCAGCGGCGCUCUCCAGGAGGCACUAACAGAGCACUACAAACACCACUGGUUUCCUGAGAAGCCGUCCAAGGGCUCCGGCUACCGCUGCAUCCGAAUCAACCACAAGAUGGACCCCAUCAUCAGCAAGGUGGCCAGCCAGAUCGGACUCAGCCAGCCCCAGCUGCACCAGCUGCUGCCCAGUGAGCUGACCCUGUGGGUGGACCCCUACGAGGUGUCCUACCGCAUUGGGGAGGAUGGCUCCAUCUGCGUCCUGUACGAGGAGGCCCCGGUGGCAGCCUCCUAUGGGCUCCUCACCUGCAAGAACCAAAUGAUGCUGGGCCGGAGCAGCCCCUCGAAGAACUACGUGAUGGCGGUCUCCAGUUAGAUCCCCCGCCAGCCCCACUAGGCACUCUACUGUACUCAUUCUGUCGUGACAACAGGCCGCUGCAUACCUCAACCUGGGGAACUGUAUUUUAAAUGAAGAGCUAUUUAUAUAUAUAUAUAUAUAUUAUUUUUUUUAAGAAAAGGGGAGAAAAAAAAAACCAAAAGAUUUUUUUUUUAAAGAAAAAUCCUUAAAGGGAGCUGCUUGGAAGUGGCCUCCCCAGGUGCCUUCGGAGAGAACUGUUGUGCGCUUGAGUCCGGGAACCAGCGUGUCUGCCUACGGGAGGGGGGAGUACGGAAGGGGGGGGGGGGCUCUGGCUUGAGGUGAGGUGGGAGAAGCUUGGCUGGCACCCCAAGAAGAUGGGGGAGGGAGCAAGCAAGGUUAGCAACUGUGAAAGAGAGGUCAGGAUCUGCCUUGCGGGGAGAAAGAGGGGCUGAGCUCAAACCUCUCCCUCUCCGGAACGGGACACCUGUAUCCCCUGGCCCCUCUCUUACUCAGGGGCAUUCAAGCCUAGACUUAAGUUAUACUAUGUUGCCUAAUCGUCUUUCAUGUUUCUGAUGAGAUCCAGGGCAGAGAGGGAAAAGUCCUCUCCUGAUUGCUUCUGCCCUAAGCAGCUUUUCUUGAAAUCAUGACUUGUUUCUGAUUCUAUGCUCAGGGGCCUGGUAGAUGUUGCUUCCCAGCCAGGAAACAAAAGCUUUUUGUUUUGUGGGGGUCGGGGGAGUAAGGCAGGAGUUAGAGGUGAUCGGGGUUGGGGCUGCAGGGAACUCUGCACGAAACCUUUGCUUUGCUGUGUGCUGCUCUGUGUGUGAGUAUACGUGGUGAUGAAGUUGGGGGUGACUUGCAAUGGAAUUUUGGGACCCAAAGAGUAUCCACUGGGGAUGUGUUUUUUUGUUUUGUUUUUGUUUGUUUUUUGGGGUUUUUUGGCCAAAACCCUUCUUUCUGGAAUCACAGGAACGUCCUGAUGCUGCUGCUGCCGCCACUAUCCCUUCAAGAGUUGGCUCAAAAGCUACAGGGAACUCUAGGUUCUUUACUACUGCCUUCUUUUUAAAAGCACAACACUCCUCCCUGACUCUCCCGUUCUUCUCCCCUUCUGGUUGGGUCAUGGAGCUACCCAGUUUUCCAGAACAAGAGCUCUCGACUCAUUGUGCAAUAUGGCCUCCUGGGUCCCAGGAGAGUCUGAAGGAGCCCCAGCUCUCAGAACCUCCUGGUGCCCUGGAGGGCUUCGGGAACUAUCCCUCCGUCCUCGGGACUCUGGCUGGCUGGUCGGCCUCGCAGGUAUUCCUUGGCUGAAUGGGAGAACUCCCCGAGUUCUGCAGGACUACUUGGUAUUCUUGUAGGGCUGACACUAAAAGCCAAAAUCCUGGGCAUUAUUUCCUCCUUGGUGCUCAGAGCACCUGUGGGGAAGUUGCUGUCUCUCAGUACAACCCAGAUUUGUCUGUAGACUUGUGCAAUAUUUACCGUGCUGGGUCGGAGCCAGUGGAAAUCUAUACUGGGAAGAAAUCGCCUUCCUUCGGUUUUUCAGUGACAUUAGUGAGGGGGUCCUCCGAAGGCUCUGAUUUUCCUAAUCUCAAAAUCACUUUAGAAGGACGUAGCUAGAGCGUCCAGUCUACCUGGCUACCCUCCUGUCCAGCCCACCAGGCUGUCGCCCCUUAGUGAGGAAACUUUCUUCCCUGCCCGAGGGUCCCCCACUCCACAACCAGUCCCCUUCCCUGAAUUUCUUAACCACUCACUUCUGAUUCAAAGGUGCUAAUUUACCAAACACUGUCCCUACCCAGUCCUGCCAGUCCUGCCUCCUUUUCAACUCUAGACUCCAAGCUGCCUUCCCAGACCCUGCUUCCAGCCUUUAUUGCUUUAAAGCUAACUUCAGACCCACAGACCCAAGAACUCAUUUUCUGGCCUGUGGGUUGAGACAAAGCUGUGAAUCACUGGACGUGGCAUUGUUGCAUCCUGUCUGCAAACAGAUCCCUGCCUUUUUAAAAAAGAAGCAGCCUCAUGGUCUCCUGCUUAAUCUUUCCUCUCUUCUCUCUCUCUCUCUCUUUCUUCUUCUUAUUUUUUUUUUUUUAAUGUUCACUUUAAAAAACAGCAAAACACCCAGAGCUGGACUGUUGAGCAGGCCUGUCUCUCCUAUUAAGUAAAAAGAAAUAAUAGUAGCACGUUGGUAAGCUGUUCUGACAGAAAAGACAAAGGUUACUAAUUGUAUAAUAGUGUUUUUAUAUGGAAGGAUGUACAGCUUUAUGGACAAAUGUACGCGCUUUUUUCUUUUUUUUUUGGUUACUUUAAUAAAAAUGUAGCAGAUGAA